UUCUCUCUUUAUGAUUCAUCUUUCUUCCAUGAUUUUUUUUAAUUUUAAAAGUUUACUACUUUUUAGGCAACAACUUCUCAAUGCAUUUAUAAAACAAUUAACAAUUUAUUUUACAAAAUAAAUAAAUGACAACCCCUCAAAACCAAAAACGAGAAAUUAUUUUUAAAGGACAGUUACAACAGAAAGUUGUUAGAAGAUGUGGAAUUCUGUUGAGAAGAAAGAAGACAAUUUACGAGGACGAAUUAUGGGUAGUUCUUUGUGUUCAUGAGGGAGGAAUAUGCGGAAUUCCACAUUUGGAAUGGUAUUCAGACCUUAAAAAUGUUUGUGAACAUAAUCCUAUAAAAGUACAAGACUUGUUAGAUUGCCAAUAUGUAAAUGUAUCGAUUGGAGAAGAAAAAACUUUUGUUAUUGGAUUUACUGACAAAAACCGGCCGAUAUUAGAAUUACAUUGCCCUACAAUAGAAGAGCGAAGACAAUGGGUCACUAAAAUAACAGAAACUUUGAGUCGUUUAAAUUGUCUUUUACCAUUAGAAGAUGAUAUUAAUAAUCAACAAUUAAAUGGGGGAGGUAAUGUGCCUCGGAAAGAGAAUUUAUAUAUUGCAAUGAAUGAAAUGGAAGAAGAAAAUAAACAACCAAAAAAUGAAAAUAUAUUUAAUAGAAUUAUUACAAAUAAUUCUUCUAAUCGAGUUCCUUUGCAAAUAGCUUCAACAUCAAAUUUUCACAAAUAUUCAUUAAAUACACCAAUUUCUUUUAAUUCUUCACCUCCAUCAAAUAAUUUAUUUAUUUCACCCCCACAAUGGCAAAGUGCAAGUCUUCGACGUAAUUUACCUGCAAAUCAAAGAAAUAAUUUUUUUAACUCCUUACAACGACAACAAUCACAUCCUGUUAACAAUUCUUUUGUUAAACACAAUUUAAUCAAUCCUCAACUUGACAUUAGAGAGGAACAGACAAUUGAUAAUGAAGUUGAUGAUAACCGUUCCCCUCCUCCAUUGCCCCCACGUCAACAUACAUUAAAAGGAGAUUUGUCAGAACAACAGUCAACUUCCGUUAAUAAUAAUUCUCAACAAACGACAUAUAAUCCCCCAAUAUUGCCAAGUUCACCAAUUCCUUGUUCUCCACCAAAAACGCCAACGAACCUUGCUUCAUCUUCUGAAGAAACAACCCCUUUUAAUCGUUCACAAUAUUCUCAAUUAAGUCCUACCCAUCAAUAUCAACAAUUGUCACGUUUAUCGGGAGAUUUUGUAAUUCAAAAAACAAUUACAAAUUCAACGUCUAAAAAACAACCAAAUGGAGGUAAUAUUUACAAUCAACGUUUAUCCCAUACUUCUUCCUCAACAAUAACAACAACUUCAAAUUCUGUUCGGAGCAGUAUUGAAGAAGAAAAUAAUAAUAAAAAAUUGUUUUCUAAAAAUAUUCAUCAAUAUGAUGUUUUAGUUUCAAAUAAAAGAAAGGAAUUGUAUCAAACAAUUUCUUUUUCUGAAAAUAUUUUUCAACAAAAUUUGACACAAACUAAACGUGUACAUCUUUCUUUGGGUAUUUUAGCUGAUAAUGUUAUUUUUGUUGAUUGGAAAGGAAAAGUUUUAAUGGCUGGAUGGAAACCUAUAGCAGACAAAUCUUUACAAAAUAUUUUACAUUUUGGAGAUGAAUUAUGCCAAGUUGCUGGUAUUACAAUUUAUAGUGUUAAACAAUUACCAGAAAUAUAUACAAAUUCUACACCUGGAAUUCCUAUUGAAUUGGUUAUUAAACCUAAUUUUAAUGCACAAAUUUACACGUUAAAGAAGGAAAGUGAAAAUGGGAAGGAUUUGGGCAUUGUAUUACAUAAAAAGAAAAAUAAGAUUUCUUCAAUAAUAAAAGGUUCACCAGCUUAUUUAGCUUCUAUACCAGAUUCUCUCCCUUCUUAUUUUUAUAUUCCCGAACCAACAAAUAGUCAAAAUACUAAACAAAUUGAAGAAAGAACAGUCCCAGCAAUAAUUACUGAAUUAAAUGGAAUUCCUUUAAGUUUAUAUUCUAAAAAUGAACAAUUUUUUAAAAGAAUAGAUUUAUUACAAAAAGGAACGGAAAUUAAUUUAACUUUACUUCCAACUGAUUUUUGUGAUUUAAUUUUAAGACAACUUAGAGCUCAAUGUAAAGAUUAUCAGAAAUUUAUGCAUGAUUCUUAA